CUGGUGGUGGGGCCUCUGCCGCACCCCUCCUACCUGCGGGAUGUGACGGUGGAGCGUCACGGGGGGCCCCUGCCCUAUCACCGACGCCCCAUGCUGGGAACGGAGUUCGCCCAGAUGUGGAAGCAUUUGAAGGAGGUGGAGCUGCCCAAGGCGCCAGUCUUUCUGGCUUCGGUCUUCAACUAUAGUGGCUCCACUCUGGCACCUCUGCAUGCCACCCCCAGUGGCUUGCGCUCAGGGGACCGUGCUACCUGGAUAGCCCUCUACCAUAACAUCUCAGGUGUUGGGAUUUUCCUUCACCCAGUGGGGCUGGAGCUACUGCUGGACCACAGGGCCCUGGACCCUGCCCGCUGGGCUGUCCAGCGGGUCUUCUACCUUGGGCGCUACUACGCAGACUUAGGCCAGCUGGAGUGGGAGUUUAAGGCUGGCCGGCUGGAAGUUGCUAGAGUUCCUCUACCCCUGCCGGAUGGGGCUUCAUCCCUGAAGUCCCGGGCCCCCCCAGGUCCUCUCCCCCCUCUUCAGUUCUCACCGCAGGGCUCCCGAUACAGUGUGCGAGGGAACCUGGUGACGUCCUCUCUCUGGACAUUUACAUUUGGUCAUGGGGUGUUCAGCGGCAUGAGGAUUUUUGAUAUUCGGUUUAAGGGCGAGCGAGUGGCCUACGAAGUCAGUGUCCAGGAGUGUGUAACUGUCUAUGGUGCCGAUUCACCCAAGACAAUGAUGACCCGAUACUUGGAUAGCAGCUAUGGACUUGGCCGUCACAGCCGGGGCUUGGUUCGGGGAGUGGACUGCCCCUAUCAGUCUACAAUGGUAGACAUCCACAUAUUAGUGGGCACUGGGGCAGUCCAGCUGCUCCCGGGGGCUGUAUGUGUGUUUGAGGAGGCCCAAGGACUACCCCUUCGGAGGCACCACAAUCACCUGGAGAGUUAUUUCUAUGGUGGUUUGGCUGGCUCGGCCCUUGUAGUCAGGUCUGUGUCAUCUGUAGGCAACUAUGACUACAUUUGGGACUUUGUAUUCCACCCAAACGGGGCUCUGGAAGGGCGGGUCCAUGCCACGGGCUAUAUCAACACGGCUUUCCUGAGUGGGGGUGAGGAGAGCCUCCUCUUUGGGAACCGUGUGGGGGAGCGAGUACUGGGGGCGGUGCACACGCAUGCCUUCCAUUUCAAGCUGGACCUGGACGUGGCAGGGCUGAAAAACUGGGUGGUAGCUGAAGACGUGGUGUUUAAGCCUGUGGCAGCCCCUUGGAGUCCAGAGCACCAACUGCAGCGCCCACAGAUGACUCGCCAGGUCCUGGGAAGGGAGGACCUGACAGCUUUUUCCUUGGGAAACCCCCUUCCCCGCUACCUUUAUCUGGCUAGCGACCAGACUAAUGCCUGGGGUCACCAGCGCGGGUACCGAAUCCAGAUCCACAGCCCCCUCGGCAUUCACAUACCCCUGGAGAGCGACAUGGAGAGGGCCCUCAGCUGGGGGAGAUACCAGCUCGUGGUGACCCGGAGGAAGGAGGAGGAGUCACAGAGCAGCAGCAUCUAUUACCAGAAUGACAUCUGGACACCCACUAUGGCCUUUGCUGACUUCAUCAACAAUGAGACCCUCUUAGGAGAGGACCUGGUGGCUUGGGUUACAGCCAGCUUCCUGCAUAUCCCCCAUGCUGAGGAUGUCCCCAACACUGUGACUCUAGGAAACAGAGUUGGCUUCUUGCUCGGACCCUAUAACUUCUUUGAUGAGGACCCCUCCAUCUUCUCCCCUGGCAGCGUCUACUUUGAGAAGGACCAGGAUGCUGGGCUCUGCAGUGUCAACCCUGUGGCCUGUGUCCCCCACAUGGCGGCCUGUGUCCCAGACCUGCCCCCUUUCUUUUACCAGGACUUUUAGCCCCAAGGGUGUGAUGGGACAUGGAGGGGAGUUGCUGAGAUGUUUGUACCUUUCUCUCUGUUCUCAACUUCCUGCUCCCUUGGCUCUUACCUAUUAAUGUUCUUUAGGAAACAGCCUCCCGUACUAUACCCGUAUAUACCCCCUCCAUUAAUUCUUAUUUCCAGUUCAUUUUAAAUGAUGAAUUUAUACAAAUGAUAUUAUUAAAAUAUUCAAGCAAAAACAUCACAAAUUCUACCACUCAGAAAUAGCUAGUGUUCACAUUUGGUGAACAUUAUACCAGACAUUUCUUUAUGCAUAUGCAUUGAAAUGGAAGAAUAGAUGGAAUUUUGUGAAA